CUGGGGUGUUACCUUGACGACUCAGGACCCUGUCAGCUCAGUUCCUCCCAUCAUCUCUGACAGAUAGAUAGCAGGAAAAGAAAGUAUCAGCAGCGUCCCUCAGCUACUACACAAGGCACACAAGCGCAUACACACACUGGCAAGCAGACAAAAUGACCCUGCUCCCGCUGGCAUGGACACUGUGGACAGUAUCGCUGUGGACAUCAGGUUCCAGCCAAUUCCUGCAGCACGGACACGUCACUGUUUUUUACCCCAAGAUCCUCAGUACAGAGGUUAUUUAUUGUGACUGCGCCAACAUGUCCUGUGUCUCUGUGUACUGGUUCCGCAGUAUUUCCAAGCACAGCAAAGUAACCCUACAGUUCCUCGGAACAUGCAACAACGCUGGCAUAGAUUCCUAUGGGGAUGGGCUGGACAAAACACGGUUCAAGAUCAGCAGAAAGAGCAGCACGUCCUUUACGCUGCGCAUCACCAAUGUGACAGAAGAGGACACAGGGUUUUAUUCUUGUGUUCUUAAGGACAGGAAACACGCAGAAUCAUGGAAGACUGUGGUUCAUCUUCAGCCGGGAGUGAACGCUCCAACAUUACCUCCUCCUACAAAACGCAAACCACCGGUCAAGCCAAUAUGUAGAUGUCCUAAGAAGAAAUCACAGGAUGGCUGCGGCUCCCUGGUGUUUUGGCCGUUGGUUGGACUUAUUGCCGGCCUGGCUGUCGCUCUCCUCUGCAUACUGUACUACUUCAGCCGGCUACCCAAAAAAUGCCGGCACAACUUUGUGAAGUGA